GGGAGAAGGAAGUGGCCCGGGGAGGCCGGAAGCGCCGUUGAGGAGGGGUUGUCGGAGCGGGGUGCUGGCCGGCAUUGCCAAUGGAUGAACUGGUGCAUGACUUGGCAUCAGCCUUAGAGCAGACUUCAGAACAAAACAAGUUGCAUGAGCUAUGGGAAGAGAUGGCCCUAAGUCCACGGCAACAACGGCGUCAGCUUCGCAAGAGACGGGGUCGUAAACGACGCUCGGACUUCACACAUCAGGCAGAGCAUGCCUGCUGCUACAGUGAGGCCUCCGAAUCAAGCUUGGAUGAAGCUGUCAAAGGUUGCCGUGAGGUGCUGACAGCCAAUUUUAGUGACUCUGAUGACAUGGCAGUGGUCAAACGACACCCAGCUCUCAGUGCCACCCUGAGGAGCAAGCAACACUCAUGGCAUGAGUCAGACUCCUUUACAGAGAACGCACCCUGCCGACCUCUCAGGCGCCGACGGAAAGUCAAACGUGUGACAUCAGAGGUGGCUGCCAGUCUCCAGCAAAAGCUCAGGGUGUCAGAGUGGAACUAUGAGAGGGGAUGCAGGUUCAAGUCAGCCAAGAAACAGUGUCUUUCACGCUGGAAAGAAAAUGCCCCUUGGACAUCCUCUAGCCAUGGCCUUUGUGAAUCAGGAGAGAACAGGCCCUUCCUCAGUAAAGGGGGAAGGAAGGAGAGGAUGGAGUGUGAAGCUGAUGAACAGAAACAGGGCUCAGAUGAAAAUAUGUCGGAAUGUGAGACCAGCAGCGUAUGCAGCAGCAGCGAUACCGGCCUCUUUACCAAUGAUGAAGGCCGCCAAGGAGAUGAUGAGCAAAGUGAUUGGUUUUAUGAAGGAGAAUGUGUUCCGGGAUUCACUGUCCCCAACCUUCUUCCCAAGUGGGGAGCUGACCACCGAUCCGAAGUGGAACGGAUUGACUCAAGCCUGGACAAGCUCUCAGAUUCCACGUUCCUGUUGCCCUCACGGCCAGCUCAAAGAGGAUUUCAUGCUCGUCUGAAUCGCCUCCCAGGAGCUGCUGCCCGCUGUCUCCGAAAAGGUCGAAGGAGGCUUGUUGGCAAGGAGACCUCCAUGAGCAGUCUGGGCACCGAGAGGCUAGGUCAUAUUGUUAGUGAUCCACGCCAGAAAGAUUUUUGGUUACCGUCCAUGGGGAAGAGAGAUCGCAAACAGUUCAAUCCAUUAUCUCCUCUGUACUCUCUGGAUGUGCUUGCUGAUGCUUCGCACCGAAGAUGCUCACCAGCACACUGCAUUGCCAGGCAAGCACAUGUACACCUGGGACCUCCAUGUUCAAGGGACACCAAGAGGAAAAGAAAGCCAGCUGCAGCCUCCAUGUCCAUCCCAACAUCAGCAACAUCACCUGUCCACAUGGAUGCAGCAGAGUCAGAGCUACCAGCAAUGCUGUCCCUGAGAUCCCAGAACUCUGAGUGGACAGGGAAAACAUCAGCAGCUGAGAAAACCACUAUUGUUGCCUCCAGUAACUUUUUUAAAAUUCCACCAGAGAAGAACCCUGGAAACAGCUAAAUGGAAGCCUUGUGACUAUACUAGCUUGCUGGAUUUUGGAAGUGUUUGACUUUGGUUUGUCUUCAUGAAACGUCUUGUUUGGCAGUACUGGUGUCUUCAGUAUUGAUGUGUGAUGCAUGCCAUCAUCCAGACUGAUCUGCGUGCCCCAUGUACCUUAAAUCAUGUUUGUGAAUAUGUGUUUUAAAAAAGGUAAUCAGUGUUGGGACUGCAGUGGCUUUUAAAGAUGUUCUUGCUAUUGCUGUAUUUAUUAUGUAUUCAUCUCCUUCCCUGAUACCAGCUCAUAUGUGCUGGGUCGCAUACAGAUUCUUCUGGGUUUUCAAAUCUUAAUUCACCCCCUGGACAUAUUGCUGUUUCUGCAUUUGCCAUCUUUUGGGUGAAAGUCCCACUACCACUCAGGGAGGCAAAAGUCUCCCCCUGCUUUCUUCCAGGCCAGGAGGAUUUCUUGGCUGGGGAAUGAGGAGGGAAUGCAUGCAAGUUGGAACAUGGAACCUGAAUUCUGUAUUAGCAGAAUGUUUCCAGGCCAUGUGCUAAUAGACUCAAAUCUUGUUGCUUCUAGCGAAGUACAUGCAGUGCUUGUACAUUCAGAAAUUGCCAUUGGCUCAAUGGCAGCAUGGUCCAUUAGAUCUUUUCCAUCUCCCUUGUUCUGAAUAUCUGUAGUCUUGCUUGUGUAUUGCAUGUUCUUUCCUAAAUCUCCUACUGGAUAAGGAUUUGGGAGAAUUACUUUGAGAUAAAUGUACAACCUGUCCUGGAAAGGAACCUAGCCCCUUUAAUUUCCUUGCUGGAUAAUAGAGGAUAUACAAAAUUUCCAUUUCUGAGUGUAUGAAUUAAAAAAUUACUGUUAGUAUUUCUAAAGGACUCAUGCUGUUCAAGUUGACAUUCCAUUAAACAAGAAAAGCCAUUUGAAAUAUCGCUUCAAUUCAGAGUAUUCUGGGUGUUGAUCAAACCACUUCUGUCUUAUGCUUUCCCUCCCUUCAAAAAGUAUUUCUUGCUAUAUCUACUGGAGGCAUCUCCACCUACUGAUGAUUGUACUUUAUUCUGUAGUGCACACAAAAGUGUUUUCUUCCCUGUCUUUUAUUGAAUUCUUAAUCACACUUGACUUACUUUUCUUGAAUUACUCUGUCUGGAACUUAUUUUGGAUUUUGUUUUUAGAAUAUAUACCACCUUCAUAGCAUGGGUCAAGAAACAGGUGGCCUCAUGGCUUCUUAAGUCCUUUAAAAAUAGGAUAUAUUUGUAUGAACAGAACUCCUUUUGCUUCUCUCACUGGGUGGAGCUUUCAGACAGGACCAUUUAAGUUUGUAUAAUUAAUUUUGAAUGUGAAGGUGUAGUUAGCACGCGAGUACCUAACAAAAUUUGCCCGAUUUUAAUGGCUUUGCAGUGUUCUGCUCUCCCUUAUAAAUCAAAUAGCUGAGGGAACAGAUUUGAUUGUGAGGAUAUAAAGUGGUGAUUUAUAUUUAACUCUGUAGUAAAAUGUUAAAUGGUCACAGCAUACACAAAACAAAAAUUGAACUACUCAUUAAAUCAUGAUUGACAAAUACAGUUAUAUUAGGCACACUGUCCAUGUCUGAUCCCCUAACACCUACUUACUCUUGGGGAGAGAUCCAAAUUGGAUUUAUAUGUUGCAGCUCAAGCAAACUGUCAGAUCCAUCCAUGUAAAUCCUGCUCAAAACAUUUUUUUUCUUGGUGGUACAUUUUAGAACUAAUUAGAACAGGGAAAGACUGUUUACCUUGCUGAAGGAGUUCAGAGGUCAGUUUGGAUUACAGGACAAGCCGUAAGGGUUUUGUGGAGAGAGUGUACCUGUUUUAAAAGAGUCAUUGGAUUGUCUUUCUUUGUACUUAUUUUGAGCAAUAGUGCUUAAAAGGUGGCACAGGAGGUCGCAGCACUGGGGGGCCUAUAAUCCAGCACAUACAAAAAGAAGGUAAAUCUGAAGAGUAGUGGUUUGACUAUCUAGUAGUCAUGAAAACAAUGAGGGAAAGGUGGCACAUUCUCCUGACAGUCUGCUGAUAAAUUUUAGGAUUGGAAGGCUUGUAACCUAACUUGCAGGCUGUUUCAGUGACAAGAAGUGGUUUCAUAAAAGACCAUUUAUGCAAUUGAGUAUUUUUAAUCUCAUGAAGGAUCCUCCACAACAUCUCUUUGUUGCAGUCUAUUCAACAGCCUUACCCAGGUUACUGAGCAUUCAGCUAAAAUAUUAAAUUUUGGCUGUUAUAUUUGCCUUUUUAAAAUCAAAUUUGAAAUAUGUUGGUACAUUCUGAGUGUUGUUCAAAGUAGUUUUGUUUCUUCUGAGAUGCCAGGACAGUUUUAGAACUUUUAUGAGAGAGGUGUUUUUAGAAUGUUAGGGGAUCAAUGGCCUUUAUCUUUCUUAUUGCGGUGGGGUUAGGUGGAAGAUUGCCAUGUUCCAUGGAAUUUUUCUCUGGAGUCAAGGAUAGAUAAUUUAUCAGAUUUUCCUAUUCAGGUCAGUGACACUGUUUAUCUGGUUAAGCUCUUACUUAGGUUGCAAGCUACCAGGAGCUCUUCCUUGUCUUUAAAGGUUGAAUGUACCUGUGGUAGUACUGAAGAGUAACUGUUGCAGGCUCUGUCUUGGUAAGCCAUACUUCCUGCCCUGCAACUUUCUGAAAGUGGCAGGAGAUUCAAGUUCUUGCAGAUGCCCUGCUGUUCCUGUUCUGGUUUAGAAUCCAUUUGCAGGCCAGUCAGGCUCUCAACCGAAUUUCAUUCUCCUGUGUGGCAAACAAGCAAAAUUAAUUUAUCUAUCUUGUUACUUCAGGGUAUUUACCAAAAUCCAUCUACAGACUUCAAUAGCUUGAUACAGAUUUGAAUAUUUACAGCAUGAUGAAUGAACUAGGUGCAUUGCUUGUUUCUUUUCCUCUAAGGCAGAAUCCUUAGAACUCACACUGUACUCACCCAGUACUCUCAGUGAAGGACACAAUGCUUCAGAUGUGGUUUUCUUGAAUAGAAAGGAUUAAUGACACGCUUUGAUUUGGUAGCUGUGCUUCUGCUAAGGUGGUCCAGUAUGUGAUAAUUAAAGAAUACAAGGCUCACUUGUAUUCCACUUCUUGUCCAUGAGGACUCCCCAGUCCUUUUCCAGGUUUGUUUUCUCUCCAGUUCUCUUCUCCUCUUGUUCUUAUGGGAAAGUUCAUCUUUCCAGGCAUCAACUGGGAAUACCAGACUGCUGUGACAAGCAAGUCCUGGACGUUCCUGAAGCAGGUUCAGGAUAAUUUCUUGUCACAAGUACUCAACCUAACCAGGAAAGCUCCCAGUCAGCUGUCAGUAAAACAAGAGGGCAUGGUCUUAAGCUCUGCCAGGGGAGAUUUAGGUUGGAUAUUAGGAAAAAGUUCUUUACAGAGAGAGUGAUCGGGCAUUGGGCUGCCCAGGGAGGUCGUGGAUUCUCCAUCCCUGGAGUUUUUUAAGAAGAGACUGAUGUGGCACUCAGUGCCAUGGGCUGGUAAUCACAGUGGCAGUGGAUCAAAGGUUGGACUUGAUGAUCUCAGAGGUCCUUUUCAGCCCGGCUGAUUCUGUGUGAUUCUGUGUGUGUGAUUCCCUCGUAGACUUGUUAUGAACAAGAGGGAAGUCCUUCUCCUUAUGAGAGAAGGACUUGUGGGAGAUGUGAUGGUGAGUGGCUGUCUUGGCCACAGUGUUCACAAAAUGGUUGAAUUUAAAUUUUUUGAUGUAAUGAGAAAAAUGGUCAGCAGAGUUGAUACCCUCGAUUUCUGAAGAGCUAACUUUAAGUUACUUAGUAAGCCAAUUAGCAGUGUCCCCUGAAAUCUACUUCUGAGAGCUUAAGGGUCUGUGAGUGCUGGUCAGUUUUUAAGAAACACCUUUAAAAGUAGAACAGGCAAUUCCUUUGCAUUGGAAGUCAAGCAAGUGGCACAGAAAACCAGUUUUGCUCAACGGGAACUCAGAAGAAAAAAUAAAUUGUAUGAUCUCUGGAAGCAAUAUGAGACCUCCAUGAAGCAGUAUCUUGAAGAAAUACCAGGCUUCCAGAGUGAAGAAGACAAAACAGCAGCGGGAGAAAAACUCAUAGGAGGCUGGGACUAGUGCUACUGAAUGAUAGAUUAGCUUCAUGAUUGUGAUAUGCAGAGGUGUGUCUUGCCAGCAUUUCUUAAUAAUGACAUUGAGGCAGUUAACACUGUCCUUCAAACUCUAGAGGCAUAUGCUGUUACUUUGUGGCUGUUGCAGAGACCUGCUCAGAGGACAAAGGAUGAGAAGAAAAAUUGGAGGAAGGGCAACAAGAAGGGUGACUGAGUGCCUCUUCUAUUGUAACUCCUUCUGCACUGACAAAGGUGCUAUAAAAAGUGUAUGUGCCUGGAUAUUGAAAAGGAAUUAUGUAAAAUGGAUAAGAACUUUACUGUGUUGUCUUGACAAACAGCUCUAUAACCAGAAAACACUUCAGUGAAGUGGAGGAUGCUACCAGUUACUUGUUGAAAAAAAAAAUAUUCUAAUAGUCUGUUAGGAGGGCAAAUGUCUGUUAUUGUGAUACUUUAUUACUGGGUCUUUUCCCUCUGCAUUCUCUUUCAGUUUGUCUUGUGCUUGAGACAUCCUGUUUUGAACCAUCAAAUAUGGAAAAAGUACUUAGACCAUUAACUUUUACCCAGUAAAAGUAACUAGCACAGAGGACAUAAUGUCUUCAUUAUAGCAAAGUGUCUCUUUCUUAAGAAAGUGAACUGUGCUGCAGGCAAGUGCAGGGAGCCUAAACUGUCAUCAGUGCCUGGAGAUAAGUGCAUGGGUGCCCCUCUGUCAGGUGAAAUACAGACUUCAGUUGUGGAGACAGAGGGCAACCUUCAACAUCCUUCUCAAUAUGAAUGUGGGUAAAGCACCUUCCUAACUGCAAACUUGCCCAGUUAGCAUGACUCCAGUGAGCUGACAAAGAUGUAUUAACUGACAUACCAGGAAAAGAGAAUUGUACGAAUUCAAAGAAUUUGUUAAAGUGGAAAAUGGACUUGCACAGCCUGUUUUAUCAGAGAAAGAUGCAAAAUGUGCAUACCUGUGGACAAUAACCAGAAAAAGCAUUGCUGAGCCCUGCAUGUAUGACCUAGAGUAUUUGUUGUCUUACAGCAGAGCUGCCAGUAUUAUGAGUUUGAUCAGGGUUUUGCAAAGCUGCCCUCUUCUCCUUGUAAUGUCUGAAGGAAAUGGGAUAAAGAGAUAAGGCUUGGGUCAGACCAAAGGCUUGGUAUUCUGUCAUGGUGGCUGCGUUUCGGUGCCUAAGGGGUACUGUAAGGACAAGCUAGUUAUAUCGUGAUGUUUUCAUUUUAUGUUCUCUUAGCAGCCCACUGUCCUGUCUCAGAAAAUUUUAUAAACUCUUUCUUCAAGGCUGAAGAAAACUUUUGUGGACCUUUUGGCUAUAGUAUUUGUCCUGCUAAUGGAUUUAGUUAGAUUUUUUGAAGAUCAUGUAAUCUGACUUCAAAAACAUAAAGUAAGGAUUAAUUUAUCUUUCUUUGUAAGCAGUUUUCUUAUAAAUUACCCUCUCUAAAAGGAAAUUGCAUCUUCUCUUGGAAUAUGUUUCCUAAUAUUAACACCCUGACAUUGUUUCUUCAUAUGCUUUUAUUUUUUUUUCAGCAAGGUUGAAAAGUGGUGUUCUUCCUCUAAUAUAAGGCUUCUUUGUCAUGUAUAACUUAACUGUAUACCCAGUCAACAAGUCCUAUGUAGUCCAUUAACCAAUGUAAGUAAAUUUUCAUAAGCUUCACACUGUAAAACUUGUAAUUUAACUACUUUUGGUCUUACAUGAAAACCUCCAGUACUCCACAUCCAUAUACACUCAGUUCUAGUCUACAUAUCAGGAACACUUGUUUCACUGUUGCUAUUUAGCCUUCAUAUGUUCAAAUACUCAAACAUCAUGCCAACCCCUGCUGCCCAAACACUGCUGUAAUAUUACCAUUAAAGUGUUAUUCAGGCAGUUGACUCUGAAAUUCUUAUCACUGCUUUCCAUGCACAAGAUCUUAGGAAAUAUGAAUAAUCUUUUUUAAUUAUUAUUUCCAAAAUGUUUUGUGUUUCCUUUAGGAGUAUUACAGUACAGUUUCGGACAGACAGUUUUUAUAAUUUGCAAUACUUAAGAGCUCAGUCUGUUAAGUUUUAUCAGAAGAGGAUCAGAGAUGUCCUGCCUGUGUGGUAGAAAGUCCUUUAUGGAAGUGGAAAUACUAGGUAAUAAAGUGUGUCUUGUCUUAAGCAGAUGGGCAUAAAAAAUGAAAUUGAAGCUAAUGCCAAAUGAAUUCAAGUUGGAAAUAGGAUGUUGCCUUUUAACAGUAAGGGUAGAUUAACCAGUGGAACAAAGUACUGUGGAAAGAAGUAGCUUCUGUGUAUCUUCAGGCUUCAAUUUGAAGACAGCAGCUUUAUGGAAGCCAAUUAUAAGCCAUUGAAAUAAAUACAGAAACAUCUAAAAGACAUUGAAUGGUCACUUUUGUAGUGAAGGUCAGUCUACAUGAAAUGAUCAUUGCUUCUGGUUUAGAAUGUCAGAAGACAGAAUACUUCUACAGUAUAAUGAUUUGAUGAAAAAUGGGAAGUGUUUUGGCAAACAUAAUGAAAAAUCAUGGGGAUGGAAGUUUUGUGGUGCUACCAAAAGAUUGUAAUGAAAUUUGCAUGGGAAGAUGAGCUGAAAAAAAAAUUAUAUGUGCCAACUGAAAUGAAAUAUCAUUUCUCCAUACCAGUGUAUUUGUGAGGGGUAUAAUGACAAAUGAGCCUUCAAUCUUGAGAAUUUACACAGUCACUCAGUUGAAGAGCAUCCUUGGUGAGGAUUCCCCCUUUCUUGCUGUACUGACAGCUAGAGUUCUGUCUUGGGGGAGCAUUCCCUGUGUGUAUGCUCAGCUUUAGCAGCUCUUUCUCAGUUUGUUCUCUCAGCUGUGUGAACUGCCUGCACAUUGCACUGAAAUCAGAAACAAAUGAGAGCAUUGCUGAGCUUAUUACCUUGAUAGAUACUUGCCAAAAAAUUAUUAGCUGUGGCUUAACCCGUCAGGUGGCUAAUUACCAUCCAGCCAUUUGUUCACUAUCCGUUCAACCCCCAUUAAAUUGGGGAAAGAAUCAGAAAGGUAAAGGGACUUGUAGGUUAGAUGAAAACAAUAAUUUAAAAAAAUACAUUAAAAAUAGAAUAUGUAAACAAGUGAUGCACAGUUUAACUGCUCGCCUCCUGCUAACUAAUGCCCUGGAAUGGUCCUUUCCAGCUUCUUGUACACCUGCACACUAGCAAAGCAUGGGAAGUUGAAAAGUCCUUGAUUGCUUAGUAACAACUGAAAACAUCAGUAUCUUACCAAUAUUUUUCUCGUACCAAAUUGUAUACCACAUCCAAAUUGCAAUGCAAUUGUAUCUACUAAAAAGAAAAUUAACUCCAUCCCAGCCCAAACCAGGACAGUAUGCAAUAUUUUUCUUAAUCUUUAUUAUCUGCUUCUGCUUUUCUUGCUUGUGGCCUUUAAGGAAGAGGCCACCUUGUUGGAGUCUCCUCUAGGUAGCCUAUAGACAUCACUAUCACAGUGAAGGAGCAGGUGGUAGGUAGGUUUCUAUGAAUAGAAGAACUCAUCUGAAAAGAGAUGGUAUGAUUGGAGGAAGCAAUUUUCUGGUAGUGUGUUCCCAAACAUUAGGGAGCAGGGAUAUGUUCAGCUUUUUCAGCUUUCAAAAUUAAUGUAAAAUUCCAUUGAUGGAAUAGUGCUACAUUUGAAUUGUUGCUUCAAAUCUCAAGUCCCAGACAUAGUGUUAAUGUUCCACGCUAACAUUUGUUUUAGUUACCCAGAUCAGUUUGAGAUCUCAUCGGUGGAAGCUCUUCUAGCAGUGCCAUGAACUGACCAGAACCCCUGGACUGUGCUGAAGCCAUUGAAUUUUCACUCAAGUGUAGCAACACCAUGCAGUUAGCCAAAGCUACCAUCAGUUGUAUUCCAGCUCCUUCUUCAAACAGGACUACUGAAAAUCUUUAAAGAGACACAUUAUGCAUGUCCCAAAUGUUACAUGUGGUCAUAAGAUUUAACUGUUUGAUAGAGAUUUGAUUCUGGGUUCCUAAAACUCUGUUUUGGGGUAGCAUGUAAAUAGAAAAGAUAAUUACUUGUAUUCCUCUGUCUUAAACAAAAUAUGUAUACUUCGAACAAGGCUCUUGCAGAAUAUUUGUUCUGAUUAUAGAAACUGGAAAUAAAUCAAUAUAUGAAAAAAAGUGUUUUAUGUGAUAUAAACCAAACAGAGUUGAGAGUGGGAGAAGUGAGUUUCGCUGACAUCUAACUAGAUUUACAGUAUUGGAUGUCUGCCUGCUUCCUUUAACGUUUCCUGAUGUAUAAACAGUAACCUGAAGGUCGAUAGGGAGUUGCUGUGCUUUUCUUCCCUUGAAUUGCAAACCUGACUGAAGGAUUUUGAGAUAAUUUACUGUGUCUGGUCUUUGCUCUUUGCAAUGAUUUUGUUUGUUUCCCAGUUUGUCAUGAUGCUUUCUUUAGACAAGAUGCUUCCUGCUCAGAAUAUGAAACAAUUCCAGAGUUUCUUAAGUAGCCUUUCAUUUCCAAGUCACUGCUUUAGAUUUGCCAUCCCAAAAGGGAUUUAAUUUAAAUGAGCAGGUCAGUCUCAAUUGAUAGUUUAAUGGUUAUCUAUUAAUUUUGCCAUCAUGAACAUCCUUUUAAGGUAGAUUUGCAUAAUUAUUUUCCACCAUGA